CUUCCCUAUAUGGAUCUAGCCCAAGCUUGUGUGCAACACACGAGGAAACCACGUGGUGAGACCGAGAUCCGGAGCUGCAGGGGAGCCAGCCCAAUGAAAGGAGGAAGCUCGCCCUCUUCCGCUAAGCCGUGAGGGAGAAGGCCACUACCGAAACCACAGCACAGCCCACUGCUAGACUUGGGAUUGCUCUACGGCUCGGCAGCACCGGGACACGUGAUCACGCGCUUGCGCAGCAGCAUCGCAAGCCCAAGCCUGAUUGGCUGACGCAGAAUCACGCGUGCGCAAUUUCUCACGCGCGAGCAAGGCCUCGGCGGGUGUUGUUCUUCGGUCUUCAUGCUCUCUCUCUCUCUGUAGAGCCUUAAUUCCUCACCCCAGUUCACAAUGUUCCCGGAACUCAAUAACCUUCUCAGCACCACCCCAGACAAGACGGAACAGGGGAAACUGACUCUGCUUUGUGAUGCCAGGACCGAUGGCAGCUUCCUUGUGCAUCAUUUCCUUUCCUUCUACCUCAAAGCCAACUGUAAAGUGUGCUUUGUGGCGCUCGUCCAGUCCUUCAGCCACUAUAACAUUGUGGGGCAGAAGCUGGGUGUCAACCUGACAGCAGCACGGGAAAGCGGGCAGCUUGUGUUCCUGGAGGGCCUUAGGUCCACAGUGGACAUCUUCUUCCACACUCCGGAGGAGCCUCAACCCCUGCAGUUUCUCAGGGAGGCCAGCGCAGGGAACCUCCAGACACUGUAUGAGUUUGUACAGGACACCCUGAAGCCCGUGGACAGUGGGGAGACUCCGUGGAAGUACCCAGUGCUGUUGGUGGACAAUCUCAGUGUGCUGCUGAGCCUGGGCCUGGGGGCAGUUGCUGUGCUGGACUUCAUGCAGUACUGCAGAGCCACGGUUUGCUGCAAAUGGAAGGGGAAUGUGGUCGCCCUUGUGCAUGACAACAUAGAUGCUGAGGAUGAGGAGAACGACAUUCUGCUGAAUGGUCUUAGUCAUCAAAGCCACCUGGUCCUGCGGGCUGAGGGCCUGGCCACUGGGUUCUGCAAGGAUGUGCAUGGACAGCUGAGGAUCUUCUGGAGGAGGCCAUCGCAGCCCACAACCCAGCGGGAUCGAAGCCUCACUUACCAAUACAAGAUACAGGAUAAAAAUGUGUCCUUUUUUGCCAAGGGAAUGUCUCCUGCUAUUCUGUGACCUGGUUGGGGGACAGCUAAGUGACUUUGGAUGGUUUUGAUGUGGAAGAUAAAGCAGCUGGGCAGGAAUGGGCAUUCGGACCUUUGACACGCUCUUCAGGCUGGCCCGCAGCUCCACUGUGGCCGGAGGAUAGAAUGGUGCUGGGAGGGAGUGGGUGCCUUUGUUCCCCAGGACUCUGCUCAGUGAACACAGCGAGGAAUCGGCUGAGAGAGGCUUCAGGGGGAACCAGCAGAAUGGUCCUUGGAGCAUCCCAUGGAACUUCAGCCUCACCUGCCCAUUUUUGGUGGCUGUGCCUUUAAGAGCCACUGCAGGUGGAGUGAAGCUGGGAAGCUGUCCUGACGGAGACUAAGAUAAAGCCGGCUAGAAUAAAGAUGGUUCCCACACCAGG